UCCCUCCCUCCGCACCUGAGGGUGGAGGCUGGGAACAGGUGAACACCUAUCAGCUCCAUUUCCAGUGGGAUGCAAAACCGUGCUGGGCGUUGCUUGCGCUGCAAAGCUCACUGACCUUCUCUUGCGUAGCUCGCUGACAUUCGGAGAGCAGGAGUCAUGGCUAGCGGCGCUCUGGAGAUCGUGGCAAUGUGCGUGUCCCUCAUAGGACUCAUCGGGGUGGCGGCCAGCACCGGAAUGCCCAUGUGGCGCGUGACGGCUUUCAUCGGCGAGAACAUCAUCGUGAUGGAGACAAGGUACGAGGGCUUGUGGAUGAACUGCUAUAGGCAGGCGAACAUCCGUAUGCAGUGUAAAGUGUACGACUCGCUGCUGGCGCUGCCCCCUGACCUCCAGGCUGCACGUGGGCUCAUGUGCUGCUCCCUGGCUCUGACCGGUCUGGGUUUAGUGAUCUCAAUCGCCGGUAUGCAGUGCACGGCGUGCAUCCAAGGGAACGACAGAGCCAAGCGUAUGGUCCUUCUCGUGGCGGGAUGCAUGAUUCUCAUGGCCUGCCUCUGUUGCAUCGUUCCCGUCUCCUGGACGGGUCACGUGAUCAUUCAGGACUUCUAUAACCCUUUGCUCAUCGACGCCCAACGAAGGGAGCUCGGAGAGGCUCUUUAUAUCGGCUGGGUGUCGUCCGCCUUCCUGUUCGUCGGUGGAUGCAUAUUCACCUGUUGUACCUCAUCUUCAGACAAGGGCCCGGAUCAGAGGUACUCGUACAACAGACAAGCCGCCCCCUACGUGGCCUAUCAGCCUCAGCCUGUGAGCUUUCAUCCUCAGCCACGGUCCUUGUACGGCCAUCCUUCUGGUCCACCAUCAUUUAUUCAGCAACCGUCUUAUGAAACGUCCAGACAGCAGUCGUUCAUACAGCCUUCAAGACAGCCGUCGUUCAUACAGACAUCGAGACAGCAGUCGUUCAUGCAGCCCUCCAGACAUCCAUCUGCCCGCAGCGCUGUCGCGUACCUCUAAGGACAUUAUUUUGCAUUUGUGUUUGGACUGUCGUCUGUGUUAAAGUGAAACGAAAAGACUCUGGACUUGUAAACAAGUGGUUUUGAUAACGAAAGCUCCCAAAAUAACAUUUCUUUUGAUAUAAUAAUGUUAGUGUAGAUUGCACUCUAUUUCACAUUUCUAGACAGAAUUGAAAUGCUCUUCGUAUUUUUUGAUUUUUAAAGAUGUUAUUUGGCGAACUGUGACUGUAAAUAAUGGCGUUAAAGAGUUGUUUUAAAGAUAUGUAUCCGUUUAUAUGAUUCAUACCUCAGGCUCUGGAAAUGUUGUGUUAUGGGAAAGCAGACUAAACUAGAAACUAGGCAUGAAAAUGUUUAUGUUUCUGAGAACAAUACUGACUAAAACAAAAGUGAUAUGAGUCAAUAAACCUAUUUGAUAUUCCUUUCUCUUUUUAAA